CUUUUCUGCUGUUCAUAUACAAUGCCCACUAUCUGUCAGAAAAGAAACCCCAACAUGAAGACACCCACAUAGAUCCUCAUGUUUAGAAGAAAAUACUAAACAAAGUUGGAAAAGAUGCUAUCUCAUCUCUUUACUAUUUUAAUCACUAUUAUUGACAAAUCUUUGGACCCUACCACUCCAUCAGACAUUGAAACAAGGCACACUCAAUUUAGUAUGACACUACCACCACUCACUCCAACAUCUACAUUCUGCUUCCUAAAGCUUCUCAUUCACUCAUUCUUUCACAAAGGAAACAAGUCACUGCUGGUGGGUUCCAUCUUUACAAUACUUCCACACCUACUUAAUAUGAAAAGUUUCCGCAAGCUACAAAAAAUUUUUACCCAUCACUAGCAAUAACAACAGGAAAAAUGACAGAGAGAAUCAGAGCAGGAGAUUGAUUCUUGGAGCUAUCGAACAAAUAUCCAGCUCUAACAAACAAUGAAUUCUUUGAAGUGGGACAAGCUUCAAUAACAAGCUGCUAGAUGCAAAAUCUAUGCCUAUUAAACUAAUCUCAAACCCAUAAACUUCAGUCAUGUGAUCUCUAAAUUCUUAUCAUACUGAAUACAAGCAUAAUAUAAUACAUUCUAUAUGACAAAUUCUACAUUAAAGGCAGCUGCACGGCAGGCAAAAGAAACUGUAGUAUUAUGAUUAGACCAUAAAUUGAAUCACAUGAUUCUCAACCUCAAUUAACUCCAACAAGAAAUUGUUAAAGGCAGAAUUGUUUGAUUAGAUAAAAGAGAAAACAAAGAAGAAGUGGGGGAAUCGCGGGCUUGACAGGGACUGCAGUGAAACAUGACGUAAGCAUUGUCCCCUGGAACACCAAGCCUCACUAGGUGGGGACAGUGAAAAGAGAUAUGAUAAAUUUCAAUACCUAAUCUCACCUUCACCUCCUGCAUGAUCUCAAUUUUAUUCCUUGCCUCUCUGAUCUCUAGUACUUUAAGAGUCCAUUUGGUCAGUAUCUUCAGCAAAAUUGUGGGGGAGGGAAGUAAAAAAGACUUCUGCAUAAUUUCAACAGCCAGCAGAAUGAGAAGUGCAGAGGAUGGCAGCCGGGGAACUUCAAUAUUUGAUCAAGGUGAGUGGUUGAGUUUGAGCUUAGGAAGAAACUCACCUUCAACAUCUAAAGAAUCUGAGUCACAGACAAGACCUACUCCUGGCAAGGUUUUUUCAUGUAACUUCUGCAUGAGGAAGUUCUACAGUUCACAGGCUCUGGGAGGCCACCAGAAUGCUCACAAGAGAGAAAGAGGGGCAGUGAGACAGUACCAGUCCCAGAGGAUGAUGACAAUGAUGGCUUUGCCUAUCAACAAUCCCAUGUUCAGAUCUCUUGGCAUGGUUCCUCACUCACUUGUGCAUAGAACAGGUAGAGAUGUAAGUACAACUGUGGCAAGGUUCAGCGAUGCUAGUACAGGCUUUCAAAUGACAUCUCAUCCCAAUCCGGUGGAUGAAGGAUUUGACUUGAGAUGGCCAGGAAGUUUUCGACUAAAUCCACAACAAUCAGAAGACCAGGCUUCAAAUACAAAUAAGAUUGAUCUGAAUCUCAAGCUGUAAUUAUUCUACUCAUCUAUUGCAAAUUGAACUGUUUUCUAUCCUCUCAUGUAACAGCUUCAGCUUGGUUCAUCAUCAGUACAUGAACUGACUGUAUGAUCUGCGAGACCUGUUUAGAGUGAAAGAUCCUAGAGAAGUAGCGCUCCUAAAUUUCAAGAUUUCCAGCUUAAACUUAUCAGAUGAAUGUUACCUAAGAUGUAAUAUGUACUUUUCAGUUUCUUUUUAUUCCUACUGCACUAAGAACAACUUUUUAACGUCUUA